AUGAAUUAUUCGCGAGAAAGCUUGAGUUCACCGCUCUGUCCGAGCCCCGUCGUGGAGCGUAGCCUUAACCUACGUCUCCGAAGUGCCCAAGCGAUAAAGUAUCUCAAGUGGGGCUGUCUACACAGUGUGAUUCUGGUGCUGCUUAUUUUAGACCUAUCUCAGACAUGCGGCGUUUUCAAAAAAAGCCUAUGGUAUAUGAUUGAGUACGCGAUCGCAAUCUUCAUCUUCAUGUGUGCUGUGGCGUGCCUUGGCAAGUAUAUGUGGUUCCUUUGUAGCAGCGGCUAUAACUUUGGAACGGAACAGCAACGGACUUUGCUCUACAAUGGAAAUGACAACUCUUUUAAAACUAUAAGUCUGCACCAGAAGAAACGUCGCAGCUAUGAGCCUGACACCGAUGUCGAGGACGAUCUGCCUAUUGUAAACUGGCAUUCUUCGUUUGAGGAGUCUCGUUGGGGUUCCCAAUCAAUGCGUCGCAGUCCCAGUCCAAUGCGCAGCUCACAGCAACAACAAAAUACAAACACUUCAUUUAACAACACCAAUAAUUCAUUGAAUAUCAGCAAUAUUAGCAACGAGUCGGCGUACAAGUCACCCUAUGAGGACAUGAAUCGUGAUGAUGUACGCAAAACGCCAGCGUUUAUGCGUUGGGGUGAGCGAGACCGUAGCCGUGUGGAAGCGAAUGAUUCUCAAUACCCGCACAGUAAUGGCUCAGUAAAUUCGUUCUGGAACUACUGCAACAAUGCAGCCUACAUGCUAAGGAACACCAUCUACCACCUAGCACCGGCGCCUCCCAUCUCGGCAGAGAAUACUCAAUCGUCCAUUGAAGAUUUUGGGUUGGCCCAAUAUAAGGACAGUAACUCUGAAGUCAUCAAAUGCAUCUCCACAGACCGAUUAUCUCAAUAUCUGGCUAAUUUGCGAUAUUGGAUAUCCACAACUAUAUUGCAACGUUUGGCCAAAGAAAUAAAUCAUGUAGACGAUUUGUUUCGCCAACGCGGCUUUAGUGACAUGAAAAUCGGCAGUGUUGGAUUGGAGCGUUUGCGACAAAUGGCUGAGAAUCAACAAUUUCUGCACACUUGCGCGCCUAUGUUGCCAAUGCUCUUGCCGUUUCUGGACACAUUCAGCAAUCAGGAGUAUUUGGUGCAACGCAUCAAGGAGUUGGCGCAAGGCUCUUGUAUCGCCGCAUAUCGUUGGAAUUCGGGAAAUGCGCACAAUGGCCAGGAGUGGGGGGAGCAUUUGCCAACAGACGCUGCGAUACUCUUCCAUUUGUUUUGUGUUUAUUUGGACAGUCAAUUGAUGCCGUUGCCCCAAGGCGAUGGUCGUCCUUUCUAUUCACGCUAUGUCCUUACGCGCGAUGAGAAACGCUUGACCAAGGACAUCGUUAAUGCCGUGCACAACAAAGCUCAUUGCGCUAUACUCUGCACAGGCAAUUAUCUCAACCCAAAGUUCAAUUUCAUAAGUGAAAAGGAGCUGCACAAUUGUGCCUACGAUAGAAAUAAUCUGUUUUACGUUAUCAUACAGUUUUUGAUUUAUAUGCGCACACAACAAGACUCGGCGCUCGAGGGCGUUAAUCUCGGCAAAUGCGGCAUUAACAUAAUGUGCGUCAUCGAAGACUGAGCAAAAUAGUUCUUAAUUAAUAGAGUGAGAUAUUGACGAGCCCAAAGCUGUCUGUGCUGCUUAUGUAAAUUAUCGUUCAGGCUCUCGGGCACCAGCACUGGCCACUAUUAGAUACUAAAUGUUUAAUGUGACGUAUUUCAAGUUUGAAACCGCUAUUAAAUUAUGCAUAGUUAUUAUUAAGUAAAU